AUGCAGGCGACGCACAUGCUACUCUUGCUCUUGUUUGCAUUCAUUAUAAGCCCUGGCAUUAUUGCAGCCAACGAGGACCAGCAUGGCAUCAUACGCCACCGCUUACUCAAGUUCCCUACCACGGAUGGAACCUCGCCACAACAAGGCGACAACCCCACCGAUACCUUGCCGAGAGUGGAGAUCGAAGAGAGAGCGUUCCUGUCCUCAGCUGCAGCGAGAGUCAAAGGUCUAUUCAAGAAGAACUCUGGUCUAAGCAGCCAGCUCGCUAGUACGCGCAAGAAUGCCGACAUUGUCGCGGCUGUGGAGAACAUGCCAAUCGCGAAGAAGCUGGACACCGCCAUGAAGAAGGACCCGAGUUUUGUUAAAGGGCUGAGCAAGGACCCUGAAUUGAUCGAGAACUUGGCGAAGAACCCUCCAAUUGGGAGAGUUUCGAGGAUGCUGGAGAAAAAGCACCUCAAGGUCUCAAAGCGCAAACUCAAACAACUUCGGGCUGCUGCUGACGGCGACGAGUACCUACGCGCCAAUCUAGAGGCAAUGGAUGUUAUGGACGAUAUGAUACUCAAGCCGGCUGCGUACGUGCUACUCGCUGUGAUCGCCCUCAUCGCCUUAGGCUUUGGAAUCUCAUUCCUACCGCAGCUCCUAACAGAAACAAAGUAA